UGCUUCAUUGCCCCUUGGCCCGUCAUCGUCCCUCCAAUUGUCAGGCGCAAUUUCCUACCAGGCUACAUCUCACGAUACGAUGCGCCGGGUCCAUAAAAAGUCUCGAUAUGGCUGCCAAGAGUGCAAAAAGCGCCGGAUCAAGUGCGACGAAGCGCGGCCUUCCUGUUCCGGCUGCUCGACCUCUGGCCGCCGGUGCCCUUUUCUCGACGCCGCCGCGACACUGCCGUCCCCAACGCCGUCGGGCCCGCCGUCGUCGGCCUACCGCGUCUCAAACCAUUCUGAGGCCGCCGACUCGCCCGCCCAAGCACUGUCGCCAAUCCUGGAGCCGUCUCUUUCACCGACCUCGGAACCGGCUGCUUCAGGGGCUCCAACGGCUCCGUCGGCUCAAGACCACUUGCUCUCUUCACGCCCACCUCCGCCCCCGCGUCCUCAAAGCGGCGACGAAUGCUACAGCCUGCUGCAUCUCCAACUGCUGCACCACUUUCAGAGCAAACUAACCGUCAUCAUCACAUCGAGUCAGCCAAACGCCGGGAGGAUGAUGCAGCUUGCUGUGAGCGAGGCCUUUUCCAAGCCAUACCUCAUGGACGAGCUCCUCGCCCUCGCAGCUGCCCACAAGAGCUGCUUGUCAUCAUCCACGUCUCCCGAUACACACAGCGCGACCUUCUACCGCACCGAAGCUACGCGCCUCCAGACGCGCGGGCUCGCCCACUUCAACGCUGCCCAGGCCGAGCUAUCAGACGACAACUGCGUGGCCAUCUUCUUUUACUCUGCCAUGUUAGGGCAUCACAUGCUCUUUGACACCUUCUCGCCGCUUCCAGACCGUAUAACCGGCGGCCAUCGCGACCUAUCCACCCUCCUCGACAACUUCGUGCAGUGUCUCAGCCUGCACCGCGGCAUCCGCGUCAUCGCAAGCGAGUCGUGGCAGUCGCUCCAGACUCACAUCCAGGCCCGUCUCACUGCCAUGAAUGGCGGAAUUCCGGCAUUGCAGUCCAGAUUCGACGUAGCCCGGGUGCAGCAGAGCGAGAUUCCGAUCCAGGACUGGCCGGUCCGCGUGCCCACUGAGUACAUAUCCCUGCUGAAUCAGCGGCAGCCCGAGGCGUUGGUAAUCCUGGCCUACUACGCCGUCCUGCUACAUCAUGCAAGGAACUACUGGGCUGUCGGCAGUACAGGAGAGUUUCUCAUCCGCUCGAUUACCGAGCAUCUCGGCUCGUACUGGGCGGAAUGGCUGGCAUGGCCGAACGAGGUGCUCUCAUCAACAACUGGGUCGGGGGUUUGA